AUGGAGUAUAAUCCCCACCCGUCCUCGAACCUUGCCUCGAUUCUACAAACGCUCUCCUCAUACACACCUCCAGAAGCUCCCGCGCCUUCCUUAAACCCACGCUUAUCUUCAAUCCCCAAGGAGGAGUACGACCCUUCCCAAUAUGAUCCCUCUGCUACAGCUUUUCCAAUCCAAGAAUCUCAAUCUCAUCUCGCACCUGCUUCUCAGACUCCGCCACCACCCCAAUUCAAGCCUUCUAAACCCCGCCCUCCUUCUUCAACGAAGGACAUCAUGACCUAUCCCACCGCCCUCCGUCACAUAACGACACACCUCCUCCCACGUCCAGACUUCACAUCCAGAAUCCAGAAUCUCAUCCACACACAACACAAGCACGAGCGAGAAUGGCAUGCCGGCCUCAAGACACUUGAAGAUCAGCUCCGCUCACGGGACGCCAGCAGGAAGAAACUCGAUGAAGUUCUGGCAGCUGUGGGUGGGAAGGUGUCUUCGUCCGCAGACGGUGGUGGUGGUGCGCAGCAAGCCUUGACGGAUGAGGACAAAGAGAAGGAGAUGAGACUGUAUGAACGGAAAGUUUGGAAGGCGCAGAGCGAGAUGGUGAGGGCUACUGAGAAGGAAUUGGCGGGGCUGCAUGUGCCGUUCUUUGGAGAGGAUGUUGGGGUGAGUUGGAAAGGGAAGGAAGGCGAACUGAGAGAUUUGAAGGGGAGAGUAGUGGGUCUGUUAGAGGAUCUGUGUGGAGAGGAUGAGAGGUUGAAAGGAUGA